AGAAAAGAGACGAAAGCCAAAGGGGAGCAAAAUGCCAAAUCGGUGAUUCACAUGGACAUGCCUGUGGAGAUUUUCAACUCCCCGUCUGCCUUUCCCAAAGAUCCCAUUCUGAGGAAGCAGCACCUUGAGGACCUCAUGACAAAGAUCCACGGCUCGUUCAGUUUCAUGCAGGACUCUCUUCUAGAUGGUGAAAACUCCCCAACUCAGGGCCACCCCAGACUGAAGAGACGGCCAUCUGGAUCUCCCUCUCCUCUGGCUCGGGCUGGUUUGAGAAGCCCUGCUGAUGUCCUGCCCAAACCAAUGCAUUCCACCCCACUGCCUGCCAGGCUUAUGGAGUGCAAAGCCAGUCUAAACAAUGGGGAUCAGUGCCUGGAGACCUUCGACCAGGAGCCUUCUGCAAAGGACCUACCUCAUGAGCCACUGCACCUGGCUGAAAGAAAGGCGUUUUCCUCACCGCCACUGUACCGCAGGGAGUCGAGCAUCUCUGUCAGUCUGGAGGAGAAGAGCAGUCCUCGGACGCCAGUAAGUGAUUCAGGGAAGCAGUCCCCCUCUAAUGGGUUGGCGUCCUGCUCCUCUACCCCACCUCAGGGACGGAGUUUCACUACACCUCCAACCAGGCGAAGUCUCACCUCCACACAGUUUCAGAACAUCCCGUCAGUCUUCAAGGUGAACGCCUCCUUACCCCAGAAUGGGGAACCAAACUACAAACCAGACCCUGCAGCUUUCUCCAAGCCCAUGUACAGCACUGCCAGCACCCAAACACCACCUGAGUUUGCUCCCUCAGAAGAUGAGCUGCAGCCCGUGUAUCAGACAGAUUACACAUUGGGUAAUGGAGGACAGCUCUUCCUGUCCCCUGGCCAGUCGGGUGGAAGUGUGAGCCGACCCAGCCGGUCAUACAGCACCAGAGGAUCUGUGAGAGGAGGAUCUUAUAACCCCCAGGCUAAUCUCAGGGAUUCUGGCCCUAUAGCCUAUACUACUAGAGAUGCAGGACACCAUCACAGCAGCAGAUGUGGAGAUGGGAGACAUAACUCCAGUGCAGUCUGGAACGACUCUUCCCAGGUGAGCAGUCCAGACCUGCAGGGAACCUUCACGGUUGUGGACUCAGGCCAUGAAGAUUCCCUGUCAGUCUCCACCUUGGAGGUUCCACUCACCCCCCACAGCCACCACCACCUGCUGCCAAUGCAACUCUAUCCGCUCUCCCAGCCGCUGCGAGUGGCCUUCACCGCCUCACGCACUGCCAACUUCGCUCCGGGCAACCUCGACCAGCCAAUCGUGUUUGACCAGCUGCAUAGCAACCUAGGGGAGAUGUAUGACACCCACAUCGGCCGCUUCACCUGCCCUGUAAAUGGAACCUACGUCUUCAUCUUCCACAUUCUGAAGCUUGCAAUCAACGUGCCACUCUACAUUAACCUCAUGCGCAAUGAGGAGGUGAUGGUGUCAGCGUAUGCCAACGAUGGAGCCCCAGAUCAUGAGACAGCCAGCAACCUUGCAAUCCUGCCUCUCUUCCAGGGCGACCAGGUAUGGCUCAGGCUGCACCGUGGGGCCAUCUACGGCAGCACUUGGAAGUACAGCACCUUCUCUGGCUUCCUGCUGUACCAGGACUGAACUGCUGCUGGCCCAUCAGCCCUCUGCUCACAGCGUGUGGACUGUUCAAUUUGCACUAAAUGGUGAUGAAUCUGACAUUUCAAAAUUGUGGUCUGGCUUUAUUCACCAUAUCGCCCAUUCAUAAUGAGGUC